AUGGAGAACGAACGCGGAGACCUUGUCGACCUUUACGUCCCCCGCAAGUGCAGCGCCACCAACCGCAUCAUCAAGGCCAAGGACCACGGCUCUGUUCAGAUCAGCGUCGCCAAGGUCGACGAGAACGGCAGAUUCACUGGCGAGACCCAGGCCUACGCCCUCUGCGGCUUCGUUCGCGCCAUGGGCGAGUCCGACGACUGCAUCAACCGCCUCGCUCAGCGUGACGGCUACCUCAAGAACGUCUGGAGCGCCAGCCGAUAA